CAGACACUAUAUUGUCAACUGUCAUGGUCACACGUGUUUGCAAUUUACAUUUUUUCUGCAAUAUAUUUUAACUUUGUAUAAAAUAAAAGAUUAAAAUGAUAGAAAGCGUGCUAGAUAAUUUUUCGGAAAAGCUUUUUUUAUACUUAACGGGAAAACCGAAAGAUCAAAGAAGCCUUUUAGUGAAGAAACAUAAUGAAAAUUUUUGUACCCAUGGCGAUUAUAGUUUUCCUAAUUCACUGAAAUCUUGGCAUGAAUAUGUGACCUAUGAUCAAGAAGCUGAUCAAGCAACCUUAACAUUACUACAAGCAAUUGGUAAAGAGUGUAAAGACAUAUUAGAGGAAUCUCAAAAGUGGGAAUUGGCUGUGCAGCGAGCAAAAGAGGAGAAAGGGCGAAUUUAUUUGUUUUUAGAUCGACCAAAAACUAUUCGUGCGGGUUUGAUAGAAGGUUUACGGAAUAAUGAAGUGCUAUCACAGAAGUUAAGCGAAAGUGUAUCAGAAGUGCAGUUGGAUCCUUCAUGUGAAAAGGAGUCCGAUCCAACCUCCUUACGUGCGAAAUACGUUUGUAAUGUCGUAAAGAACUUAUGUACGUUGGGUAAAGUGAAUGCGCCUAUAAUGGUCACUGCAAAGUCCUCUACCACAUGUGAGGGAUGCCACAAAGUGCUCUGUGGGACAGUACUUAAUUCUAAAACUGGAGCUAAAGAAGUUACUAUAAGAGCAGAUGAUUUUAUUAGGUUAAGACAAGACGAAAUGACCCUCAUAGCACAACACAAGUAUGGCGUCAGAGUGUCUACAGAUACAAAAUGGAAGGAGUUCAUAGCACAUUUAGGGGAGUCUGCAGUUGCUUUUGAAUUGCUACAGACAAAGCCUAGUAGUGCAGUCAAGAUCAAUUUUGAUUGCUCAGCUGGGUCUAGCAAAGGUGCAUCAUUCAUAUUGUACAAUUGUGCCCGUCUGGAGACUAUAAUAAGGACAUACAAUGACAAAGUUGCUGAUGGGACCUAUCCAGAGUUGCCUCAUUUUGAUGAUGUUGAUUUCUCAUUGUUAGUACAAGAGGAUGAAUGGCACCUCAUAUUCAACUACAUUCUAGGAUUACCAUCUCUACUAAACAAUAGUGUUGAGUUCAACAACCGAGUCUGUGAGUUCCGACCACAUCAAAUCUGCAGCUACCUUUGUUCCAUGGUUAGAAUAUUCAGCCAAUACUAUAGGAAAACCAGAAUACUUGUGGAGCCCAGAAAACAUCUGCUUCCAGUAAUAUUUGCUAGAAUCCAUAUGCUGAAAAUAUUAAAUGAAACACUCAAGACCUGUCUGAACAUUUUAAACAUUAAAAGUGUUUCCCAAAUGUGA